AUGGAUUUCCUACAGGCUCUUCUAUUCUUUUUUCUAUCCGCUGUCCGGUUGUCGGCGGACAAUGCGAACAGUAAAGCCCGGAGCUGUUUGGAUGUCCGACAGUUCUACAGCGGGAAAGGCUUCACCCUCAACGGGGUGCCACAGACAGAGAUAUCUGGUGAGCACCUGCGGAUCUGUCCCCAGGGGUACACCUGCUGUACCAGUGCCAUGGAGGAAACCCUGUCCAACCUGAGUCGCAGGGAGUUUGAGGGGCUGGUCAGAGAGGCAGGACGCUCGCUACAGGCCUCCCUCAACACACAGUACAGGAGCUUCGACACGUACUUCACAGACCUCUUGAACAGAUCCGAGCGUUCCCUUCAAGAGUCCUUCCUGGCCACGCUGGGCUCUCUCUACUCCAAGAACGCUCCUGUGUUCCAGGACCUGUACGCUGACCUGCGUCGCUACUACCGUGGCUCCGCUGUCAACCUGGAGGAGACGCUCAACGACUUCUGGGCACGGCUGCUGGAGCGCCUGUUCAAGGCAUCCUCCCUCCUGCAGUACACCCUCACUGACGACUACCUGGAGUGUGUGGCCAAGCAAACGGAGACCCUGCGGCCCUUUGGGGACGUCCCCCGUGACCUCAAGCCCAAGGUCACCAGGGCCUUCGUGGCGGCGCGGUCAUUCGUCCAGGGCUUGACUGUCAGUGGGGAGGUGGUCCGCAAAGUCUCCCAGGUUCCUCUGAGCCCAGAGUGUACCCGUGCUAUGAUGAAGCUUGUGUACUGCCCCCACUGUAGAGGCCUGGCCUCCGUCAAGCCCUGUGCCAACUACUGCAGAAACGUCAUGAAGGGCUGCCUUGCCAACCAGGCCGACCUGGACACCGAGUGGCAGAACCUCAUCGACACCAUGCUGCAGGUGGCGUCUAGUUUCAGUGCUGACCCCAGUGUGGACGUGGUAAUCUACUCCCUCCCCAUCCGCAUCUCAGAGGCCAUCCUCUACAUGCAGGAGAACACAGAGGUCUUCACCAGCAAGGUGUUCCAGGCCUGUGGGACCCCCAGGGUGGCAGACACACAGAUCUCAGGGUCUGAGGAGAGAAAGAAGAGAGUGAACCCUGCCAGCACCGCAAUGGAGUACAAACCCAGCCCCACCGUAGGGGUUCCACUGGAGAUGCAGAUAUCUGAUGUGUCCAGUAAGCUGAGGGAGAUGCAGCAGUACUGGGUCCAGCUGCCAGCUGCUCUGUGCAAUAGUAAAGUGGCAGCAGGAGCAGCUGGUGACAAGUGCUGGAAUGGCAUGACCAAGGCCAGGUAUCUUCCUGAGGUGAUGGGUGACGGCCUGGCCAGCCAGAUCAAUAACCCAGAGGUGGAAAUCGACAUCACCAAGCCAGACAUGACUAUCCGCCAGCAAAUCAUGCAGCUGAAGAUCAUGACCAACCGACUGAGGAACGCCCUCAACGGCAACGACGUGGACUUCCAGGAUGCCAGUGAUGACAUCAGCGGUUCAGGAAGUGGAAUGUGUACAGGCGAGUCAUGUGCUCGUAGCGGACCUCGUGUCAUUGUGCCCAAAACAGACAGCACCAGAUACUACAAUCCUCCUGAGAACAAGAAGGUGAAGGGCACAGGAACCCAGACCCACCCCUCUAUCCUCCUCCCCCUGCUCUCAUUGGCCACACUGCUGCUCAGGCGAUAA